UGACAUCACAGUUUAAAAAUCACGUGGAAAGAAAACAAGAUGGCGUCAGACGUAAAAGGAAAUUGAAAAGGAAGAUAAUCAAAUUGUGUAUAUAUAUCUUUAAUUAUCGAAUAAUGGAAGGAUUAAUUGAGAAAAAACUCUACGUUAACGAUUAAUUAAAUGAUGGCGUUGAAAACGAUUUUAAGUAAUUUCUUAAAUCUCCUAGAAAAUAAUAAUUGUUUAAAAAAUUUAGGAAAGGAUGUUUACGAUUUGGAAUUUCAAAAACUAAAGGCUUUGACAGAUAAAUUAAAACAAGAUCCUGAAUUUUCAUGUAAACAUGGAGCACAAGAAAUUAAUCGUUGCAAGAAUAGAUAUAAAGACAUUUUACCAUAUGACAUUACAAGGGUUAUUCUUACGGAAGAUUCUGAAAUACCUGGUUCAGAUUAUAUAAAUGCAAAUUACAUAAAGGUAAUUCUUUAUUUUUAAAUUUUAGGUAGGCUUUUAUUAAAUUAAUAAAAUAUUAAUGUGAAUAAUGCAGUUAUAAUGUAAUAUAACUCACUUUAAAUUGGAUGUACAGAAUUCAGAAUGUAUGCACUAGGAUUUGACAUAUGCAAGAGAUUAAAAUGCUAAAAUUUUCAUUAGAAUACCAAAACAAAAUUUUCAUUUUUCCUGUCAAAUUAUUUUGAUAAUUAAUUGAUUUCAUUAUUAUAUGAAUGUUUAGUUAAAGACAUAUAGACAUCAUUUCAAACUAUGUCAUUGUUGUUUAUUGUUAUGAACAGAUAGUAUCUGUAAAUAAUAAUUUCCAUCGCUCUCUUCUCUGUGGAUAAAAGGCCGAAACACCCCCAAGAAGGUACAGAUGGUAACAAGGAAGACGUUCGUAUAACACUAGUUCCGAUUUUAGAAAAUCUUUGUGUUUUUAAUUGGAAAUCUUUUUGUGUUUUUAAUUGGACUUUUUUAAACUUUUUGGCGGCUAGUAGCCUAGAAAGGAAGGUCGGUCGCCGGAAAUGUACUGUCUAGAAUGCAAAAGUAAAAAAUGGUGAUCCCUAUUUGG